GAACGAACGAAACAAAGGUAAGGAGAUUUGUUUCCUCACAAAAUUUAGGUUAAAAAAUAUGGGCCCCGAACGAGUCAUAAUAUUGGCAGUCAUUGCAAGUAGCCUAAUUUCCAUGGCCUGUGCCGUUCCUGGAAUCGCCACCUUCUCCAAUCCAACGCCCCUUCCAUCUGCAUGCUACGGAUCCCAAGUUCCAAGCACAUUGUUUGCAGCAGUUAAUCCUGAUCUAUACAACAAUGGUACGGCCUGUGGAAGAAGGUAUAGAAUCCGGUGCACCGGACCCACCAACGAAAACGUACCUCAACCUUGCCGGAACGGUGAAGUCGUAGUGACAAUCGUUGAUCUUUGCAUUGCUUGCCAACCUGACCAGUUUGAUCUCUCUGCGGAAGCUUUCUCCAGAAUUGCUGACCCUAAUGCUGCAAGAAUCCGAAUUGAAUAUAAUGAGGCUUAAGGGAAC